GACCGAGAGAAUCGCCAACAGAUACAGCGAAUCGUGUGAACCGUGUGGAAGUAACUGCGGAAAAAUUGUACUGCGCGAAAAUCGAAACAUUUUUUUGUUGUUAUUAUAUCAUCAAAGCACAUCACACACAAAUUAGCAAACAACGCAAUUGUAACGCGGCGGCAAAGUGUGAAAACAUAUUGAACUCGACGGCGUGACUUGAGGUUCGUGUUUUUCGUUGAAAGGUUUCCUUAGAAGUUCAGAGGGUAUUGCAGAUUGCGUAUUAUCUGUUUUUGGAAAAUGCUGGAGCAGCUCGUACGCUGCUAGUUUCUGUUCCGGCGAAGUGAGGGCGAGAAUGAUGACGUUGUUAGUGGCGUAAGUUUGUGGGUGGGAAAAUGGCUGAGUUCGGCGGAAUUUGCACUGCGAAAAAUAGAUGUAAUCAGACACGAAAAUAUUGCCAGUGCAUAGUGGAGGAGAGAUAAUCUACGUCAAGUGUUCCAGAGGCGAACAUUGGAGAGGCUGUGGAAAAAAAGCUGGAGCUAAAAUGGCCGUCGAGCAAAGUGCGGCUCGAGAGUAGAAGAGGUCGCGUGAGCGAUUGAGUUCGAAGGACAGGAAAAAAAGGGGAGAAGCACGACUCUGCCUAUCCAGGACAAUCUCCUCGCCGGUCGGUCGGUGUGCCCUCUACGGAGGUGUUCUUGAGAUGUUCCUUAGAACGGAGCCCCCAGCAAACGCGUUCAUUUCGUUGAUGCGUAGAUUCGGAAGCACAUAACUACAGACACGCGCGAAAACAACACCGAAAGUAGGAACGAAGCAGCCAAGUAAUCGAUAAUCAAUAAAGGAGACCUCGUUGCCGAAAAAACGGAAAUACAUGUACAAACCGCCAGAGCACCGAAAUACGCAUUUAGAAUUAUCUCGCACACCCGACUACACAUAGCUGCUGCUCGAGUUCGGCUUCAUCGAGGAGAGGCUGCGAAAAUCCGAUACACCGGGAGUUCGUCGACACACAAUCCAGUGAAACGAUCCGUACUCCAUGUCAAUGUUUACAAAUAUAUAUCUCACCAGAUUCGAACCGUUCCGAUACGAUACAUUCAAGAGAUAGAAGCAAACAGAAGCCGUCGAAGUUAGAAAGUGGAAAAGAAUCCGUUCGUCCCCACAGAGUUAUUUAUUACGCCAAACAAUACGUAGACAGAGUGUUGAUUACGUCGCUCAACGCCAUCAACGGUCCUUAUCAGUUCGUCUCGUCUGUAACAUUGCCGACACACAGAAUACUAGAGGAGAGGAGUAUUACCACACCUCUAUGGGCCUGUUAUAGAAAAUAGUGAAACAACCGAAAUCCACCGCUCUGCACCGAAAAAGCAAACGUGCUGAAUCUGUUAUCUAGUGAAGAACUCGCUUUCCCCGAAGUUUGUUGUGCUACGAAGCCGUCGAACAGAAGUUCAGCAAUCUGUUACCAAAACGUGUCAUCGUAUCGAUUGUUGCCCUUCCUUUAGCUAACCGAACUGAACCUACCAAAUCGUCGCAAGGUGAAAUAGGAAAAAAAUAUUCCGAUCAAAAGAUAAGCGAGAACCUAAAUAAUUCAACACAUCCUACGCGCUUCUGCUGGCCGUGAGGGUGGCGACCAAAGAACAGAAGCCCAAGAAGAAUAACCGAAAAUUCGACCGACGAAAAGUGUGUUAAUAACUGUGAUAUUACGUAAAGUAAGGUAAACUCGAAAGAAAAGAAAAGCGGAAACGAAAGGAAACCCCGAGAAGGUGUGACCACCGAGUGCCGGUAAUAAAAGUCACACGCACGCACCAAAUUCAGUGGCGGAGAGUGUUGGUUGCUGCGAACGUCGUCGUCGUCGAAGUCAGUCCCAAGGACGUUGAACUACUUCCUUCGGAGAAACAGCGCCACGGAAACGGAUUGGUCAAGCUCCGCAGCCCCACAAGCGCUAAUGACAAUGGACUUCACACCGCUGCCGUCGGAGCUGGAGGAGCUGAUACUGUGCAGCUGCUGCCAUCUGCCGUUCAACGAUACGGAUGCAGUGCCGAAGCUGUUUUCCUGCCGGCACUAUUUCUGCCUGAAAUGCGUCAACCAGGUGCUCAUGAAGGGCACCGAGCUGUACUGCGUGCACUGCUGGAAGCGAACUGAGCUCACCGGUCCGGACAUGAAGCCGGAGAAUCUACCGACGCAUAAUGCGAUCCUGUACCUGUCGCAGAACUUGAGUAUGAUUUCGAGCGGAAGCGUCACCGGUGCCGGUGCAGGGGGAGGAACUGGCGCCGGAAGUGUCAACGGUGGUGGCACGAAAAAGCCUCCCGAUAAGAGUGGAACGAACGGAACAACGGCCACGAGUAGUGCCAGUAGUGUUCUGAGCGGAGGAGGCAGUGUAACCGGUGCAACGGGCGUUACGAACGGAAGCUCGGCUGCCAACGGUAACAUCGGUUUAAGUAGUAAUAGUGCGAAUGCAGGCGGCGCCGGACCGAUCGGCUCGGGAAAAUAUAGAAAUAAGGGCGAAAACUGUAUGACACAUGCAAUGCCGAAUGCGCUGUGGUGUCUCAAGUGCAACAUAAUCCUAUGCCGGGCCUGCGCCAGUACGGAAGAACAUCGGAAUCACACGGUCAAGACUCAAGCUGAGGCACGCGACCAAAUCCGUUCGGACAUCGCGUCGGAUCUGUUGCUGAUGCAGAAGUCUCUCUCCGAGUUGCAGCAUUUCGUAUUUAAGCAACGUGAUUUCCUGCUCAAAAUCCUGGAAGCAUGUACGGCGCUGAAGACUCAGGUCGAAACGGAACUGAUCAACCAUCUGCCCACGUUCGAAGUGGCAGAAAUACGAAGUAACCUUACGAAAGCGAAACUAUUCCUUACCAUGCUCGAUCAGCAAUCCCCGUCGGACGCGUACAAACUGUACGCCAAUCUCAAUAUCGAAAAACAACGGCUGCAGUCCAAGUAUCAGGAGAUGUACCUACAGUGCAAACUCGACGAUCUGAUACAACACUACGGCAUACUGUUUGACUUCGAGUUGAUCAAACAGGCGCUAUCGAACCUGAACACAAUCGAUCCGAUCUCGUUCGGAAACGGUGCCAUUGGUGGCCUAGGAUUGACCGCCGGCGGUACCACCAUCAAUGGGCAUCACAAUUCCAUAUUACUACUUGCCAAUUACUGUAUCUCGCAACUGUAUUCACGUCACAUUCUAACAACCAAACAUCACCAACAGCACCAGCAAUCGCAGCAUAUCGAUCCCAAUGCAUUAGGCUACGCAAUAUCCUCGCCCUCGCAGACAACUUCCGGAGGCGGAGUACCGCAUUCGCCCAACCAUACCGGAAUCCUCGCGGGGCCUCCGGGAAUGCCCCAACCUCCGCACUCCGGUACUUAUGCAAGUCAAUUGAACGACAUGGCGGCAAUCAUCAUUGGCCCUUCCAUGCACCAAGGUAAUCGAACCGACGGAACAAACUCGGCCCGUACGUCCGGUUCCGGAUCGGCAUACCUGAGCGAAAUCCUCAACGGUAGCUCCAUGCAUUUGCAUCAACAUUCCGGAUCUUCCCAGCAUCAACCGCUGACGCCUCCGGGCCAUCCCCUGUCCUCAUCUUCCUCCAGUGUGGUAUCGCUAGUUCCUUCCACGGCCCAGCAACAGGUGCAGAAGCAGGUCCAAGCGGCCGCCGUCGCUUCGUCGCUGCUGUGCAACCCAUCGCUACACGUCUAUCCGAUCUACUUCUUCAACAUCGAAAUCAACGGCCAACCGUUCGGCCGGAUUCUGAUCGAGGUACGCAACGACGUGGCCCCCAAGAUGGCCAAAAACUUCGGCGCACUGGCCACCGGGGACUUGGGCUUCGGCUACAAGGGCUGCAGCAUCUUCCAGUGCUGGGAAAACGAGAGCAUCAUCACCGGGGACUUUGAGCUGAACAACGGCCGCGGUGGCCGGUCGGUGUUCGAGGAGGGAUUCUUCAUGCCAGACGACACCAAGAUAUUGGCGAUCCGUGGCUCGGUCGGGAUGCGCCGCAGCCAGAAGCGCCACGACAACAUGGGCCUGGUCGGAUCCCAGUUUCGCAUCAUUCUGCGGGAGAUGCGCGGAUUCACCGGAAUCUUUGCGUUCGUCGUCGAGGGGUUGGAUCUGGUGGAGAAGAUCAGCCAGGCGGGCGAUUCGGCCGGGAAGCCGCAGAGCAACGUACUGAUUGUGAACUGUGGUAAAUGGCAGUGAGGGGUUGGGGGGCAAGAGAAAGAGAGAAGGGGAGCGGAAGCGAAAUUCGGGGGAUUUCAUGAAAGCUAGUUUAGUUUUAAGUUUUCGUUUGUCUCUUACCUUAUCGUCGCGUUUACAGAUAAGCGGGUUAUGAUUUGUUAGUUGAAAUACGUAGCUAGAAGCAGGCUGUUGUUAGACAUUACGUUUUUUUUGCUAGAAUAUUUACUAGUUUCGAGUAUUAGUGCAUUUAGUUGCUAAGGGCGUUAGACAUGGUACGAAUUUUAGACUGCUACUCCGCCGUAGUGGUUAGACGGAAGAAAUCUGAACUGCGCGAGAGGGCAGUGUUCGCGAGCGGGCGGUGAUAGACUAGUGGAGUGGAUAAAGGUGUAAGUAAGACGGUAGGAAGUAAUUUGCGGUGUCUCGUUCGUGGAAGAAAGUAUACUACAUAUUGUUAAGCUUCAAGAAAAGCAUCUUGGCUGGAUGAAAAGCUGGACAAAAAAAAACUUAAUGUUAUUACCAUUUGACGCUGUUAUGAUUUCAGAGAAAACAAUUUUUCAAUUUCCUCAAGACAAUGAAGUUGUAGUUUUUGGUUUGACAUAUUUAUCCAGUAGCAGACAUUUCAUGAAUCAAUAGACCUAUUCAAUCACCAUUAAUGCUGACUGAAAAAUUAUAACAGGUUUCCAUCAACAUUAAGGUACCAGAGGACCAAGCUCAAAAGCUUAGGAGCAAGAGGUUUGAUUUUAUUUAGUGCCACUAUUUUGCCGAUAUCGAUAAAUCCGAUACUAUCGAAAUCGAGGUUGUUAUUUUAUCCUUUUAUCAAUGCUAUCGUAGUUCACGGAAAUUAAAAAAUGAUUUUGUUGAAACUUUUAGUUCAGAUACUAUAAAGGUUCAAUUACAAAUUGUGAUUGAGUUGAAAGUAGAUCUGUGAAAAUAUUUAAGGUAGCGAGAGUUUUACCCUCGAACAUGCAAAAAAUAUUGUACUAAAAUUUUAUUUGUGCCGUAAUUUUUCCAUCAGCCAGAAAGUUGUGGAUUUCAGAAGUAUUCCGUAAAGGUUUGUGAAAAUUAGCUCGAACCAUGGUGCAAGCAUUGGGAAGAAGUAAAAGAUCUUGUAGCAUUCAACUUCCAUCGUAACUCUCUAAUAUACGAACUUUCCUUUUCGGUCCAAUUCGCCGUUAUCUUAAAUUGAUCGAAGCAGUGUUCUUAAUUUGCAAUACUUCUAUUUUUUUUAUUUUACGUCUUUUUCAAAUCUUCCUAUUCGUUUGGCUGCCAGUUUUCAACAAUAAUACUAUUUUAAAUUUUAAAGCAUCUGCAAAAUUAAAAAUAAAUCAUUUUUUUUGAAAAAUGCUUGUCAGUUAUUUAUUGCAAUUGACAGGAACGUAAAAAAGUAUGUUAUAUGCUAUUUUUUGUUACACACAUUGGAUGAGACUAAACCAUCUAAAG